AGCUGUUGGAGGGAGCUCUUUGUCACAGGUAGGGUGGCCUCAGCAGAAAAUCUGAGUCCUGUGGGUGAGGUCCUGUGGAUUCCUCACACAGGAGCGGCCUUGGCUUCCCUCGUAAACAGCAUCCUUAGACCUCAAAUGCUCUUCAGUUGCUUACAUCUUGAGACCAGAAGCCUCGACCGCAGUGUUGGCCACAAUUACAGGCAGUUGUAAAAUCUCUCUGCUGGUUGGGAUUUGAUUUGUUUAUUGAGGUGUCGCUGGCCCGAGAGUAUCAUCGCUUACGUAAAGGUGAGAAUUCACGGGACACCAGGAGUGGAAUAAAUGAAGAGUAAUCGCUUCCAGGAAUUCCUUGGCAGCAGACUGAAACCUGUUUCUUCUUUAGGAGGCAGGAAGUCCUCUCCACCAUUGCUGUUUGGCGGCUGCGUAGCUACGCAGCAAUCAUAGUUACGUCUCCUUGGGACUUGCAAAUACUUUCGUUUUCUAAACUCUGCUCUGUGCUUUUGAAGACACAGAACACUUAGCCAUGGCUUGUUCUACUCUGACUGAGGUAGAAGCCACAGCAGGUUUAUGCAGACUUUUGGCUACAUAUUCGCUAGGCUGUCAUGUGUUACUCCUUUCUUCACAAAGUGGCAUUUCGCUGGAACACAGAACAAAGGAAGAACAGGAAGUAACUGGAGAAAAAUGAAUGGAUCCAGCCGUUUGCCUCAUGUUACUUGAUGUGAUCCAAUGGGGCUCAAUCAGUUCGAUACUGAUUUGAAGCCAGCACACCCACUGCGCAGCUCACUGGUGGUGGGAUCGUGUUAGAUAGAGGCAGGAAAGCAGGCAGGAGGGGCAGAGAGUUGUGGGUUUCGACAAGGGAGAGGGUGUCAGUGGUUUUGAGACCUUCACUCUGGAAGACCAAGCAUUUCCCCCCAAGCGUCAGUCCUUUCCAAAAGCACACUUGAGACCCCUCCCUGGAAAUGACUUUUCAAAUCAGCCGAGAAUGCACGUUUGUACCUGACAGUUACAGUUUGUUUCUGACCCAUUACAGACACCACUCAGCUUGGACGUUCACCAGGCUCACCAGGCCUGGGUCCAAAUGACAUCAGGCUGGUUCCUUGGAAGACAGACAUUUGCCUUGGGUGAGGGUAACCCAAAGAAUGUGCCCCAGGCCACCAGGGCGGGUCUGGGAAGAGGUGCCCCAGGAGUGGCCACGGGGCAGGAGCUGGCGUGAGGCUUCCAAAAGGAACAACUCAAAAGAGACGCCUUUCAUCUUUGGAACACUGGCAGAGUCAAAUAGAAUCCUUGCAGUUCAUGCUCCGUCUGCGAUGGCACGAGGGCGAAGCAUUUGUUUGUCAAACGCUGUCCCAGCAGCCCUGAGCCACCGCCUAGGAAGGUGAGGAUGUGGGGUUUUGCACAGCCAUGUGCUUCCGAGGGCUGAGUUCGGAUUAACCAGGGUUCUGUUUUAAAGCUCCCAGUGGCGGAAACGACCUUGGUUCUUUAACAGAGCAGAGCAGGCCCUUACGUCUUGGCUCCUGUCAUCUAGGAGGUGGAUCGCUGUGCUGUCUACAUCUGCGCUGUUGUGUCGCAGUGCGGAGAGCAGAAGGGACGUGGGGAACGCGCAAGGCGAUGGGGGGUGGCCCCGGAGUUAGAGACCCGGGAGGAAGCCCGGCUCCGCGGUGUAGGAGCUCCGUGACCUUGGGUGGCCUCUCAUCCUCACACUCCUGCACGGUUUCCACGCUGUGUGCAGGCGCAGAGCGCAGUGCCCAGGGGUGCUGCCCACGGUAGCCUUUCUCAGUUCCCUCAGGAAGACUGAGCGGUGGAAAGGGAGUGCGGCCGGUGCAGCUGUCACCCCCAGGGGACGGAACGGCACAGGGACAGAGCCGAUGGCCUUGGCAGUCUCCUCUGGUCUCAGCUGCCCGGAUUCCUCACGAGAUAAUCUGGUCUGCGGAGGGGCGUCUCAGCUGGUUUCCCCACAGGGCCCUACCUGAGUAGGAACUGGAUAGGGCGUAAACCUUCCCUUCUGCAGAAGACGCACAGAUACGAGUCUGACUGCCAGAGGACAGCGGGGAGCUUCCCUGGGACUCGGCCCUCCACCCAGAAGUGCUGCUGUUGGCAAAGCUGGUCACUUUGAAGUCAAACCAGGACGCUCUUAGGUGACUGAGCGGCAGGGGUGGGAGGAGCCCUGACUCAGCACGGAGCCCGAGUAAAAACAUUCUAAGUGGUGAAGGACUCCUGGGAGGUGGCUCAAUAAUACCCGGAAAAAUUGGUAAAGAGGGCAAAAGGGACAAUGUUUAUGGGGUCGCCACACCCACCACUGACAGAAUAUAAAGCUGGGCAGAGGACCAGGACCUAUACCAGAGACAAGAAAGCAGGUUUCGAAGCUGAUUCUCAGAGCUCUGCUCCCUCCCAGCACCAUGCCCUACAACUGCUGCCCGCCCACCCCGAGCUGCCGCACCAGCUGCGCCUCCCGGCCCUGCGUGCCCCCCAGCUGCCACGGCUGCACCCUGCCCGGGGCCUGCAACAUCCCCGCCAACGUGGGCAGCUGCAACUGGUUCUGCGAGGGCUCCUUCAACGGCAGCGAGAAGGAGACCAUGCAGUUCCUGAACGACCGGCUGGGCAGCUACCUGGAGAAGGUGCGGCAGCUGGAGCGGGAGAAUUGCGAGCUGGAGCGGCGCAUCCAGGAGCGCAGCCAGCAGCAGGAGCCCUCGCUGUGCCCCAGCUACCAGUCCUACUUCCGCACCAUCGAGGAGCUGCAGCAGAAGAUCCUGUGCAACAAGGCUGAGAACGCGCGGCUGGUGGUGGAGGUGGACAACGCCAAGCUGGCCACCGACGACUUCAGGACCAAGUACCAGUCGGAGCUGUCCCUGCGGCAGCUGGUGGAGUCGGACAUCAACGGCCUGCGCAGGAUCCUGGAUGAGCUGACCCUGUGCAGAUCCGACCUGGAGGCACAGGUGGAGUCGCUGAAGGAGGAGCUGCUGUCCCUCAAGCAGAACCACGAGCAGGAAGUCAACACCCUGCGCUGCCAGCUCGGGGACCGCCUCAACAUAGAGGUGGACGCGGCGCCCUCCGUGGACCUGAACCGCGUGCUCAACGAAGUCAGGAGCACGUACGAGGCCGUGGUGGAGACCAACCGCAGGGAGGUGGAGGAGUGGUACACCACGCAGACCGAGGAGCUGAACAAGCAGGUGGUGUCGAGCUCGGAGCAGCUGCAGUCCUACCAGGCGGAGAUCAUCGAGCUGCGGCGCACGGUCAACGCCCUGGAGAUCGAGCUGCAGGCGCAGCACAACCUGAGAAACUCCCUGGAGAACACGCUGAACGAGAGCGAGGCCCGCUACAGCUCGCAGCUGUCGCAGGUGCAGUGCCUGAUCGGCAGCGUGGAGUCGCAGCUGGCGGAGAUCCGGGCUGACCUGGAGCGGCAGAACCAGGAGUACCAGGUGCUGCUGGACGUGCGGGCGAGGCUGGAGUGCGAGAUCAACACGUACCGGGGCCUGCUGGACAGCGAGGACUGCAAGCUGCCCUGCAACCCCUGCGCCACCACCAAUGCCUGUGACAAGCCCAUUGGGCCCUGCGUCUCCAAUCCUUGUAUUUCCCGCUCCCGCUGUGGGCCCUGCAACACCUUCGGGUGCUAGGCAGCCCAGGGCCAGGAGGAGGACCGUGUGAAGACAGAAGACCCUAGGCCCGCUCCACCUCUCAAGCCCGUGUUCAGCAUCACCACGAGUCGUGUCCUGGAAGGAGAAGGGAGGCCCAGGUCUGUGGCCUGGCUCCUAGCCUCUGCCACCGGGACCUCUUCGGCCAGGUCCCUGUCUCCUGCCUGUGUCUGGUGGACCGAGAGGCCUGAGCCUCAAAGGGCCCUUGGGUGGUGGGUUGUGGUUCCCAUGGCCGUUUCUGCUUUUCUUGCUCUUUCCCACAUCUCCCAAUAAACUUUCCUCCUGC